ACAUUGGAGGACAGCCCCCAAGGGAGGCAGACAGCUGAUAAAAGACAAGCCCCACACAUUAAAGACCGCCACACUCAGGUGAGACUAGGGAGAAGACGGCUCAAAUAAUAACUUAAUAAAUCCAAUUUUUUGACCACGUUUUACAAUUGAGGGACUUUGGCGCAAAGAUGGACAAAACGAGAGAUGUGCAAGAGGAGGUCACGUGGAACAACAAGAUUGAAUACAUGCUGACCUCCAUUGGUUUUGCGGUUGGGAUCGGCAACGUUUGGCGCUUCCCCUACCUUUGCCAAAUUUAUGGAGGAGGAGCGUUCCUCAUCCCCUACCUGAUAGCGUUGGUGUUUGAGGGUCUCCCGCUGCUCUACUUGGAAAUGGCGAUUGGACAGAGGCUCCGCAAGGGAAGCAUCGGAGUGUGGAAGAACAUCUCGCCCUUUCUGGGCGGAGUUGGCAUUGGCUCGAUGGUUGUAUCGUUCCUGGUGUGUAAUUUCUACAAUACCAUCCUGGCCUGGGUCUUUUGGUACUUCUUCAACUCCUUCCAGAACCCUUUGCCGUGGAGCCAGUGUCCACUCAACAUCAAUCGUACAGGCUUGAAUGAGGAGUGUGUGAAGAGCACCCCAGUCAAUUUCUUCUGGUACCGUCAGACCCUGAACAUCACCACUGACAUCGAGACAAGCGGUUCUCUGCAGUGGUGGUUGGUGGUCUGCCUGGCCUGCGCCUGGCUCACGAUGUACAUCUGUAUCAUCAAAGGGAUCCAAUCCAUGGGAAAGGCAGUGUACGUGACGACCACUUUGCCAUACGUGGUACUCACCAUUUUUCUGGUCCGCGCCCUCACCCUGCCCGGAGCGACAGACGGACUGGUGUACCUCUUCACCCCUGAUUGGGAGAUACUGAAGGACCCCCAGGUGUGGUUGGAUGCCUCGACUCAGAUCUUCUUCUCUCUCUCGGUGGCCUUUGGAGGUCUGAUAGCGAUCUCCAGCUAUGCUAAUGAGAAGAACAACUGUGAGAAGGACGCCGUCAUCGUGGGACUGAUAAACAGCGGCACAUCCCUUUACGCUGCCAUAUCCAUCUUUGCCAUCCUGGGUUUUAAAGCCAACGCCGGUUUCAAUUCCUGUCUGAAAGAAAACAUCUUGGUUUUGACCAACCACUUUGAGUUUUCUGACCAGAAUAUAACAGCGGACAACUAUGACCACUGGGUUGAGUAUCUGAAUCAGACCAAUCUAGAUGAGCUCGCCAGCCUGCAACUGAGACCCUGCAAGCUGAAAACAUUCCUUGACCAGAGCGCUUCUGGAACUGGCCUGGCUUUUAUCGUGUUCACUGAAGCCGUACUGGAGAUGCCGGGCUCGCAGUUAUGGGCGGUAUUGUUUUUCCUCAUGCUCUUCAGCUUAGGCCUAUCCUCCAUGUUUGGUAACGCUGAAGGAGUCCUAAGGCCCUUCUGUGACCUCAACCUGGUACCCAAGUGGGUACCCCAAGAACUCAUUACAGGGGCAUUCUGCUUGAUGUCAUUUUUGAUUUCGCUCAUCUUCACCAUGGGGUCGGGCAACUACUGGGUGGAGGUCUUCAACAGCUACGUGGGCUCGGUCCCCCUGCUCAUUAUUGCCUUUUUUGAGAUCAUCGGAGUUGUUUAUGUCUACGGAAUGAAAAAUUUCAGUGAAGACAUCUAUUUCAUGACCGGGAAGAGGCCAAAUCUUUAUUGGAGAUGUUGUUGGACUAUCAUCAGUCCUUUAAUGCUUAAGAUAGUGUUGAUUGCAUAUGUGGUCCUCCAAGCCCAGAAACACCCCACAUACCCUGCGUGGAAUCCUGAUUACGAACUCUUUCCCAAAACAGAGGUUAAGCCCUACCCAGACUUUGCGUUUGCCGUAAUCAUCCUCCUCUGUGCCAUGCCCGUGGUUUCGAUCCCACUCGUGGCUCUCUACAAAGGAAUCCAAAAGGUCAGGGAGAGGUCUUCGUCACGGGAGGGACGAAACCCGUACGGCAAUGACGCUUUUGAGAUCGAAGCGCAGUGACAUCGGGAGCGGUGACCUGUGCAUCUGUUGUCAUGAACUACGUUUCCAUUCCUGAAAAGGAGCCUCCUGAGUACAUCAUUGUCAGAGAGAAAUUGCUUUCUUUUAUGAGUGGGAAGGCAUGCUGGCAUCAUGACAAAGGAUCCUUUUUCUUUUUCUUUUUUAGACAAAGGGUGUUGAUAAUUCGGUCAAUAAAAAAAAAAAACUGAGCGUAUUUACACAUUAAAGUACACAAAGGCAAAUCUGGCGUUACACUACAACACUUAAAGUCGUUACUCAUAAACAAAAUACUUUUGACCACGCCAACUGAAACAUUUGCAUCGUGGCAGUAAAUCUCAAACAUACCUAAAUUGCUUUCUUCGACAUUGACAUAGAAAAAUACCACAAAGCAUAAAUCGUAACCCAGAUGGACAAAGGCUGUCAAUUCCAUUGUACAGCCCGAGGUUUUUUUUUUUCUUUCACAGAACCAAAUGUCUUUACCGAUUGUUAUUUCAACACUUGUCGCAAAUCCUCACAUCCAAACCUGUCAGCUGCUUAUGGCUAUUGUUUUUUUUUUACCGGGAGACUUUAUCAAAAUGAGUUAACACAAAUAUAUUUAAGUUCGAAUGGUCAA